AUGGGAAUUUGUAAAAGUAAAUUACGUCCACAAGAAUCAAAACUAUCUGUAAUUAGAAGGUUUUCUAAACUGAACAUACACCAGUUUUAUCGUUUCACUUAAAUAUUAGGUAGUGGAUCAUUUGGAACUGUUAAGCUUGCUUUCAGUUUGGAAUAAGAAAGAAAUGGUCUUUAAUCAAAAUGUUAUGCAGUGAAAUCAAUCGAUAAAGUAAACUCAAAAAUUAGUAUAGCGUCGUAUUGGUUAAAGAUUGCAUCUGAUUCAAAGGGAAUUAGAGAUACUUGUACAAUUAGAUCACCCAAAUAUCAUCAGAGUCUAUGAAACUUAUGAGGAUAUGAGAUACUAUCAUUUUGUAAUGGAAUAUUGCAGAGGAAGAGAGUUAUUUGAGAGAAUAGUGAGAAAGGGAGUUUUUUCAGAAAGGAAAUGCUCAAUUUUGAUGAAGCAGCUAUUCUCAGCAGUUCAUUAUAUGCACUAAUAAGGAGUCACCCAUAGAGAUCUAAAGCCUGAGAAUCUCAUGUUAGCUUCUCCUGAUGAUGACUUUGACAUCAGAAUAAUUGAUUUUGGUUUAAGUAAGAAAUACCCUCCACCUUAAUCCUCAAAUCAAGGUAGAUCCUAAGUAAGAACUUAAACUAAAGUUGGAACUCCAAUAUAUGUUGCACCUGAAGUAUUGUAAGGAAAGUAUUCUUAAACCUGUGAUGAAUGGUCAUUGGGAUGUAUCAUGUAUGUUUUACUAAGUGGUGAGCCACCUUUCUUUAGUAACAAUCUUAAGGUACUAGAGGAUAAGAUUUAAAAUAAAGAAAUUUAGUUCAAUGAGAAUUCUUGGCAAAAUAUCUCUAAAGAUGCCAAAAUGCUAGUUAUGAGGUUGCUUGAUAAAAAUCCAAAAAAACGUAUAACAUGUGCUCAAGCUUUGUCUAGUUCAUGGAUUUAAAGUUAUGUCUCUGGACCUCCAAGUAGAAUGGAAUCUAUUCCUAAUAAUGAGUAAGAAAAUGAGAAAGCCAUUUAAUUACUUAAAACUUAUGGGAACAUAUCAAAACUAAAGAAAGAAACUCUUAAUAUUUUAUUAAAUUAACUUAAUGAAACUCAAAUAUAAUCUCUUAGGUAAUAAUUUGAAGAAUUUGAUAAAGACAAUAGUGGUACAAUUUCAGUCAAAGAAAUGACUUAAAUCAUGAAAAAAUUAGGUUUUAAUGAUACUGAAAAAGAGAUAUCAGAAUUAAUUAAAAAAUUGAAAUUGUAAAAUAAAAAAGAUAGUUAUUCAUAUGGUGAUUUGACUAUCCAUUAUUCUGAAUUUAUGAUGGCCUUAUUAAAUUAAUAACAAUAUUUGAAUGAAGAGAGAUUAUGGGGUUUAUUUAAAUAAUUUGAUAUAGAUAACAAAAACUAUAUUACAAGUCUUGAUGUUAGACGAGCUUUUGAGAGAAGAGGUAAAUAAUUAUCUACAGUGAAAGUGGAUACUAUGUUUAAUGAAAUCAGAUUAAAUAGCUAAGAUAAAAUGGAUUUUUAAAGAUUCCACGAUAUGAUGUUAGCGGAUUCUCUAAAAACUCAAGAUGAAGAUGUCAUAAUACCAAAUAUGAGUAAAAUGUCUACGAAUAAUCCCUAAAAUCUGCCAUAUUUAAUUUAGCCUAUAGGAGACUUCAAUUUUGACAUUUGA